AUGUGUGACCAGACGUUUUUAGCGAUCACGUUCGGCUCCUGCGACAGCUGCAGCGAGAACAAACCCCUGAUGAACAUCUACCUCCAGAAUGAGCCGGUCAACUACUGCUCCCUGUGUGUGGAGAAGAUGGCGUGUCAGGGUCUGGUGAAGGGGGAGAGCGUGGCGUCGCUGAAGGCCGAGGCAGAGAAUUUAAAGGUCAAACUGGAGCAGGAGAGAGCCAAACUCCACGAUGUAGAGUUGAAUCAGGUGGCAGAGAAAGUGGAAGCUCUUGGUGCCGUCACACUGAAGAGCCGCCGCACACUGAAGGGUCACAGUAAUAAAGUGCUGUGUAUGGACUGGUGCAGUGACAAGAGACGCAUCGUCAGCUCCUCACAGGAUGGGAAGGUCAUCAUCUGGGAUGCCUUUACAACAAACAAGGAGCACGGUGUCACCAUGCCGUGUACGUGGGUGUUAGCCUGUGCGUACGCUCCCUCCGGCUGUGUGAUAGCGUGUGGUGGGCUGGAUAAUAAAUGUUCUGUCUAUCCUCUGUCUCUGGAUAAGAGUGAGAAUUUGGCAGCGCAGAGGAAACCAGUGGCUGUUCAUACCAACUAUCUCUCAGCCUGCAGCUUCACCAACUCUGAUAUGCAGAUCCUGACUUCCAGUGGUGAUGGUACCUGUGCAUUAUGGGAUGUCGAGAGCGGGCAGCUGCUGCAGGGUUUCCAUGGUCACUCAGCCGACGUGCUCUCGCUGGACCUCGCUCCGUCUGAGACAGGAAACACCUUCGUCUCUGGAGGCUGUGACAAGAAGGCUAAUGUGUGGGACAUGCGCUCCGGUCAGAACAUUCAGUCCUUUGACACUCAUGAGUCAGACAUCAAUGGUGUCAAGUACUACCCGAGUGGUGAUGCUUUUGCCACUGCCUCGGAUGAUGCUACAUGCCGUCUGUAUGACCUGAGGGCGGACCGUGAAGUGGCCGUCUACUCGAAGGAGAGCCUCAUCUUCGGUGCCUCCAGUGUGGAUUUCUCCCUUAGCGGGCGUCUGCUGUUUGCUGGCUACAACGACUACACUAUAAACAUAUGGGAUGUGUUAAAGGGCACCCGGGCGGCGAUCCUGUACGGCCACGAGAACCGGGUCAGUAAGGUCCGAGUGUCACCCGACGGUACCGCGUUCUGCUCAGCAUCAUGGGACAACACACUACGGGUGAGGAACCAGUCAUAGCUUCUCACUACAUUCCUGUGAACCCAAGCAGGACUUUCCAGAAGACGUAUUCAGUGAUAAACAGAGUUCCUGAAAAUCCCCAGGUGUUUUAAAGUAGAUUUUUAAAUGUUUAUUCAAACAAAAACAAGAACUAGAUCAAACUGUAGAACCCCACACAGCUGGAACACAUAUAAUAUAACAUCCAGUCCGUAUAUACACAAAUCUCAACAAAUAAACUGGUCACUUACUUUCCUCUAUUUAACAUAAUAGUAUUUUUUCACUUAAAACAUAUAUGGGGCAUAAAAGUAUUGGCGCCCUUGACAAUAAUCGUGCCCGAAUGGGAGGUUAUAUUUUAUAGUUUUAUGAUGUGCACAAAUUAGAGAAGGGGUUAAAAUAUAUGAGCCAUUAAAGCACCAUUAAACUCUAUCACGAUCCUAAUAACUUGAACCCAUGAUCAUAUGUAUGCAGUGAGGAGGACGGUGACAGAGGCAAAAACCCUGAAUUUUAAUCGCAUUUAUAUAUUGUUGUUGUUGUUGUUUUGAUUGUCAAAUUUCAGUAUUAUUUAAUUAUACACCACAACAACAACAAGCUGUUUGGAAGAGUUGCACGAAAGAAGCUCAUUCAGAACGGGCACGAUGUGAUAUAUAACCUACAGGAGAGCCUCAGGAGAGCGGAAGGUUUUGAGGUCAGAUGAAACCAAACUUAAUGUCCACCAGUGUGUUUACUGAUAAAAGAAGCUGAGGAAAUGGAAACAUUCCCCAAACCCAGUGUUCAGUCUGGAGGUGGAUCAGUGACACUGCAGCCCACAACCUGGUUUUGUCUGCCAGGAGGUUAAGACAUGGCUGUGGAUAAAGGUUUCAACAAACAAGCAUUCAAAUCAAUGCAGAAAUGGGUUCAGGACACAGAAUGCAGUGUUUUUCAUUAAACACUAUACGUACUGUAUGAAGGAGGGAUUCAGUGCUGUUAUAUAUUUCAAGG